CUGAUGAGUUGCGGGUACCAGAAGCCACUUCCAAGAUGAUGCCCACACCAGUUAUCCUGUUGAAAGAGGGUACUGAUAGCUGCCAGGGCAUCCCUCAGCUCGUGAGUAACAUCAGUGCCUGCCAAGUGAUUGCAGAGGCUGUGAGGACCACUCUGGGUCCCCAUGGCAUGGACAAACUUAUUGUGGAUGGCCGAGGCAAAGGAACAAUUUCUAAUGAUGGGGACACAAUUCUGAAACUCCUCCAUCCUGCAGCAAAGACUUUAGUGGACAUAGCCAAAUCCCAGGAUGCUGAGGUUGGUGAUGGCACCACCUCAGUGACCCUGCUGGCUGCGUUUCUCAAGCAGGUGAAGCCCUACGUGGAAGAAGGUUUACACCCUCAGAUCAUCAUCCGAGCUUUCUGCACAGCCACCCAGUCGGCUGUUAACAAAAUCAUAGAGAUAGCUGUGACUGUGAAGAAGCCCAAUUAAUUCAUAAACUCAACUGUGAGGACGAUGCUAGGGAAGUCUGCAGUGACAGCCCUGAGCUCCAAGCUGAUCUCCCAGCAGAAGGUCUUCUUCACCAGGAUGGUGGUGGAUGCUGUGAUGAUGCUUGACGAGCUGCUGCAGCUUAAAAUGAUUGGCAUCAAGAAGGUGCAGGGUGGAGCCCUAGAGGCGUCUCAGCUCGUGGCUGGCAUUGCCAUCAAGAAGACUUUCUCUUAUGCUGGGUUUGAAAUGCAGCCCAAGAAGUAUCAGAACCCUAAGAUUGUCCUCUUAAGUGUGGAGCUUGAGCUGAAAGCAGAGAAAGCUAAUGCUGAAAUCAGAGUCCACACGGUGGAGGAUUAUCAGGCAAUUGUUGAUGCCGAGUGGAACAUUCUCUAUGACAAGUUAGAGAAGAUCCAUCAGUCUGGGGCCAAAGUCAUCUUGCCUAAACUCCCUAUUGGGGAUGUGGCCACCCAGUACUUUGCUGAUAGGGACAUGUUCUGUGCUGGCCGAGUGCUUGAGGAGGAUCUGAAGAGGACAAUGAUGGCUUGUGGAGGCUCAAUCCAGACCAGCGUGAAUGCUCUGGUUCCAGAUGUGCUGGGCCACUGCCAGGUGUUUGAAGAGACCCAAAUUGGAGGAGAGAGGUACAAUUUCUUCACUGGCCGCCCUAAGGCCAAGACAAGUACCAUCAUCCUCUGUGGUGGCACUGAGCAGUUUAUGGAGGAGACAGAGAGGUCCCUACAUGAUGCCAUCAUGAUUGCCAGGAGGGCCAUCAAAAAUGACUCUGUGGUGGCUGGUGGUGGAGCCAUUGAGAUGGAGCUUUCCAAAUACCUGAGGGAUUACUCAAGGACCAUUCCUGGGAAGCAGCAGCUGUUGAUUGAGGCAUAUGCCAAGGCCCUGGAGAUUAUUCCACGACAGCUAUGUGACAACGCUGGUUUUGAUGCCACAAACAUCCUCAACAAGCUGCAGGCUCAACAUGCACAGGGAGGUAUGUGGUAUGGGGUGGACAUCAACAAUGAGAACAUCGCUGACAACUUCCAGGCAUUUGUGUGGGAGCCAGCCAUGGUGUGCAUCAAUGCUCUGACAGCAGCUUCUGAGGCUGCGUGCCUUAUUGUGUCUGUGGAUGAGACUAUCAAGAACCCCUGCUCCACUGUGGAUCCUCCAGCUCCAACAGCUGGCCGUGGCAGAGGCCAAGCCCGCUUCCACUGAGAGGCGGUCUGCACACCUCCUUGUGAGGUGAGGGGGGUGGAUGAGAAGAUGGUUGGUGGUCUGCUGGGUUCUCGCUGGAGGUUAUUUAAAUAAAACUUA